CAACAUUCUUUUCACUUAUAUAAAACAAAACAGUGGUGAAGUGAAGAGAAAAAAAAGGUUGAAAUAACCAUAGAGAAUAUUAUAUUUAUUUAACCAACAACAACCACAAUACAAUAAUAUUGCAUUCUAUAAGUAAGUGUGAUUGAUGGGUCGUUCUUUGUUCACAACAAUUAACAAGAACUCUUCUACUAGGAAAAGGAACCCGACAACAAAAGGCAAAAAUUGUGAGACAACAAAGGUGAAAUCGAAGAGCAAAUCUAGCAGCAGGAGAAAAAUGUGGUUUGUUUAUGUGUGUGAUGAAGAGGAGAAGGAAUUGGGUAGACAAAAAGCAUCUGGGUCAUGUCCUUAUUGUAGGGGUAAGGUUGAAGCUAUGGAUGUUGAGAUCCAAUGGAGGUUUUGUUUUUUGCCUAUGUGUUUUAAGAUUAAAAGAAAGUAUUUUUGUACUUUAUGUGCUAGACGUUUAGAAUUGCAAUUUCAUUAGGUGGUUUUGGAUAUGCUGAUAUUUUCAUUUUUUUAAUUUUUUUUUUAUUUUGUGGGUGGAAGAAGGUAUUUGUGUAAAGGGAAAGGAAUUAAUAUAUUAUUUUCCUUGAGAAGCAUGAAUUUUCAUUUGUGUUUCAUAUUCAACUUUUUUGUAUUUCCCCUGUUUUUAAUCACUUUGAAACAUAGUUUCUCUUGAAUAAGGGUGUAUUUGGUUUAAACCAGGGGCAUGUGUUCUGUGUUUAAUUCAUCGGAGGAAUUUUAAUGGAGGAAAGAAUAAGGGUGUAUUUUAAUGGAGAGAAAUUGUUAAAUACUUUUGUAACUAAAAUAUACAUUGAAUUGGAUAAGGAGUGUAAGCAUUUGACACUUGUCUAGACAUGGCAAAGGGAAUGGAGAGUCGUCUUUUGUCUCCC